AUGGUUCCACCUAGUGGUGGUGUGCCACAUGACCGUGUGGAAAAGUUAGAUCUGGUUUAUGAACGGCUGAUCUUCCUUAAACUGGCUCUUGUGAGGGUCUUUGCCCAGCAGCAACGCUCGUCGGGAAUACGUCCACGCGGGAGAAUUGUCGCGCGUGACAAAUACGGGUUUCUACAGGGUAACUGCUGUGGAGUCCCCUUGAUGAACAAGCUUUGCUGUUUCCUGUCCAAUGAUCCUCAAAUUUUUAAUUGUUUUCUUCAAAGCUCUGAUACAAAGUCUGAGGAGACGGGUGAGAAAAAGCCAGAUGGAUCCUCAUCCGAAGCAAAGACUGUUAAGUGUAAUGAAGAUGCAGAUGUCAGUAACAUCCUUGCAUCAGAUGAGCCCUCGUCUGAAUGCAAACCAACCAAAGCCAAACCUGUGAAGAGAACUGCGACUCCAGCGUUCCCUGAGCCCCUAGUGCCCUACCCCUGCUUUUCCACUCUCAAUGCAAAGAAUCGCAAGCUAUAUCUCAACAUGCUCAUCCACAAGAAUUAUUCCAGAGCUUCCAAGUGUUUGUUGGAGCUGGUGAAGAACGAGGUAACAGAGUUUAUGAAAUACCUGCAAGAUGUUUCUAGAGCAUGUGCUGAUGGGUACAACUAUAUGCCACCAUGCAGCACACGCUACACUGAGGAAUAUUUUGCAGCCUGUUUGGAACAUGUGAAGAGUUACCCACAGGUUUACAGCAUUCAAGAGAUUACUAGCCUAACCAGUGUAAAGUUUGUGGGUGAAAUAUCUCUCAACUUUGAGAAACAGCUUCUUGCUAUGGGUAAAAUAGACAUGCUAGACACAAAAGUGAUACCAGAAAACACCCAGCUUGCUGUAGACUAUGAGACUGUGUCAAAUGUGAUUCCUCCUGCUAAAAAAGCAACUUUAGGACACACUGUCAUCAGCAAUGACAGUAAUGCGGAAAAACUCUGCGCUACUUAUGAGCCACAAGUGUGUUUAUCGUUCAGUCAGAGUAAGACGGCGUACAUCGAUCCUUCUCUGCUGAAGACAGAGAUGAGCUGGAGAGAGAGGAGUCUGCUGUUUCAUGAAGAGAGCAUGAAGCUGGCAUUCAAGAAGACUGUAUCACGUCCUGUGUUUUUCCUCACUUCAGAAGAGCUCCCUGUUAAAAUGGAGCCUCCUCCUGAGGACAAGAUGUCCAGGAGUGUGUUUGCAUUUGAUGAUGUUGGUAUGGAUUUUGGGACUGAUCUAACAGACCUGGAGUCAUUUGGGGAGUCGUACAAGCCCAGUAAGAAAGUGAAGGAACAGAAUGAACCAAAAACAGCUUCUACAAAUCCAACCGCAUCUCCAUCUCAAUUUACCCCAAGCCCCAAGAACCCAACAGACUCUUUAGGUACAACAAAACACACCUCGACAUCUCAAGACGCUCCCACAGAACCCCUUGAGUUGACCGUGGCUAAGGUCCAAGGAGAGACCGACUCUUUGGCUGACGGAGGAAACGGUACGCUGAAUGAAAGUGCCAUUUCAGAGAAGGAAAGUGUGAUUGAAGAUUCAAAAGAGAAGAUAGAAACGUCUUCUGCUCAGUGUCCUCCCACCAAGCGGCCCAGACAUAUGAUGGAAGAUAAGACGGACCAGGAUUUGGAUUCUGAUGAAGAACGACUAGUCAUAGAUGACAUUCUCUCCCCACAGAGACCUCAGACCCUGGUGACACCAGCAGAGGUGUCCUCCCCCCAAGCACCCGACCCAGUCACGCCAGGACCCACAAUCCCUCUGGGCAAAGGAACAAAGAAAGGCAUCAAAAGACCCAGAAUAUCCGGCGAGUGCGAUCAGCUCGGACAGAUUUUGCGGAUGCAGGACGCCAUGCUGAAAUCCACUCCCAGCAAGAACCAGGAGCCUGUGAAGCCACAUGUCCCGGAAGACAAACCUCCAGAAGCUAAAACCCAUUCACUGGUCAAGCAGUGUGUGACCUCAUAUCUGGAGUCCAGAGAGGGACAGGGAGAGGACGCCACACUGCCUGCUGACGUUCCUGUGCUGCUAGCCACUCAAAGAAAACGUCUUCUAAAGGAGGAUCUUCAGGUCAGUGCUGAGGAUGAGAUGGACUACGAUCCUCCAGCAGAGGGCAGCGUUCUGUACAAACUCUACAGCCUGCUGGAUGUUCUGCUCAUGGUGCGCAGCAGUGUGGACAUCGCUCACCCCAGACACGACAAAGACACCUUCAGGGCCGUUCCGGUGCAUGUUUUACCCAAGCUGGAGUAUCAGCUGUGCUACGGAGCCGAGAAUCUGACCCACACAGAGGUUUGUCAGCUGUGGGCCGAGAAACUUCUGCACUCCAGCACCGUGUCCUUCAUAAGUCGCAUCAAUGCACACACAUCAGAAGUGGCGCAGAUGCAGAAUUUGCCCGACGACUGGAUUCAGAACGUUACCUGUGACUUCAAGCCAACUAGAUGUUUAAACACCCUCUACCACUUAUUGAAAAAAGUCUCAUCAUUACAGGAAGGACGAUACCUCUUAGUCCACAAACCUCGUGAGGGUUUCGUGACCAUCUUUAAAGCUAGCGAUGAGACCAAGGCUGCUCGCAAUGUGUACCACCUGCAGAACGCGCACUGCGGACCCCCAGCUGUGACUCCAGGGAUUCCCUGGGUUCCCCUGGACCCCUCACAUGUCCUGCCAUUUCACCAAAAACACGUCAGACCACCCUGCACCUUCCCCCCACGUCCACCCCCUCAGCCAAAAGCUGGAACAGGACCUAAGCAACGCCAGGGAAAAAACGCGGUCAGACCACCACAAGCAGCCAAUCAGAAUCAGUCGACAAAGAAGAAGCGUAAAAAAGACACAAGAAACAAACAUAAACAGGCAUGGGUGGACAACAUGAGAGUCACGCUGAUGAAAGACAUGCAAAAAAGCCAAACCAGUGAAGGUGGAAAGGAUGGAAAACCUUGAUCAUUUUUUUUGGUGUGAAAACCAAUUUAUGUUAUGUUUAAAAGCACUUACUAUUAGUAUGUACAUAUUUUGUGUAAUAUAAAUUUGUUGUACAUUUUGAAACAAUCCUUAUCAAAUAAGAAUCGAGUUUACAUUUAAAAAAAGUAUCCUAUUUUGUAUUAUUUUGU